CAGCAGUUGCUAACCAGCAGCAGCAGACUAUCGCAGUUUAUCCCGGGGCACACAUCAUGGUGUAGCUGACUCCACCGCUGCCAACUCAUCGCUAACGGGUCUGUAGCCACAGUCAGUCGUGCAAGGGUGCAUCUGUGUGCACCUCAGGGUGUGUGCAUGGGAACAGAGGAAAUCCAGGCAGUCCUGCUAAUGUUCCAUCAGCUGAGCUUUAAGCUGUAACCCCACCAGGUGGUUCUCACUUCAGCAUCAUGCUGCACCUCACCCUGCUCCUCCAUCUCCUGGUCCUCUCACUCUCUCCUGCAGAUGCAUCAUUCAAUGGGGAGGUACCUGACUUUUAUAGAGAUGAAGCCGCAGGUUUCGGGCCAGUGUUUGAGGAGCAGCCGGUGGACACCAUCUACCCCGAGGAGUCGCCCGAGGCCAAAAUCAUCCUAAACUGCCGCGCUCGGGCCAAUCCACCUGCCACAUACAAAUGGAGGCUUAACAACUUGCACAUUGAUCUGACUGAAGAGGGCAGCCUCUACAGUUUAGCGGGAGGCAACCUGGUCAUCAACAACCCACUCAAAACCAAACACGAAGGGGACUACUCCUGCAUGGCUUCCAACAUGUUCGGCUCGGUCGUCAGCCGAAAGGGCUCGGUCCAGUUCGGGUACCUGGAUCUUUUCUCGUCAGAGGAGAGGGAGACGGUGAAAAUCAAAGAGGGACAGGGGGCAGUGCUGCUCUGCGCUCCCCCGCCACAUCAUCCAGCCGAGCUGUCGUUCCGAUGGAUCCUCAAUGAGUUCCCCACCUUCAUCCCACUGGACCAGCGGCGCUUUGUCUCCCAGUCCAACGGGAACCUGUACAUCUCCAAGGUGGACUCGUCAGACACCGGCAACUACUCCUGCAUCGCGUCCAGCACGUCCAUCUCCAAGAGCGUGUUCUCCAACUACAUCCCUCUCGUGCCUCUGGCUGAACGUCCCAUCAGGAAGUACCCUGCUGACCUCAAUGUCAAGUUCCCAGACACCACAGCUCUGGUCGGGCAGAAUAUCACCUUGGAGUGCUUCGCUCUGGGAAACCCCGUUCCUGAGAUCCACUGGAAAAAGUUGGAGGGGCCAAUGCCGCCCAAUCACGAGAAGGCAGGGGCUCAUCUGCACCUGUACAAUGUGCAGUUUGAAGAUGGCGGCACGUAUCGGUGCGAGGCGGUGAACUCGAGAGGAAAAGACUACCACACUGCCCGUGUGUCUGUAGAAGCUUUCCCUGAGUGGGUAGAGCACAUCAGCAGCACGGAGAGAGACCUCCACAGCGAGUACACCAUGUCCUGCGAAGCCAGUGGCAAACCCAAACCACACAUCCACUGGCUGAAAAACGGAGAACCGCUCGACAGGAAAGAGAUGAUGUUCAGCAGCCUGAUGUUUGACGACUCGGGGAUGUACCAGUGCAUAGCACAGAAUCGCCACGGAGUCAUAUAUGCCAACGCGGAGCUGCGUGUGUUUGCCUGUGCUCCCACGUUUGAACACAACCCAGUGAAGAGGGUCCUGGUGGCCAAAAACGGCCGGGUGGUGAUCCAGUGUCGACCAAAAGCUGCUCCAAAGCCGAGCAUCUCCUGGAGCAAAGACACGGAGCUGAUCUCCAACUCUACCAGGGUGUUCAUCUGGGAGGACGGGAGCCUGGAGAUCCUCAACGUGACGCGGGCAGAUGAAGGCCGCUACACCUGUUUUGCAGAGAACGACCGGGGCAAGGCCAACAGCACGGGUGCUCUGCUGGUUACAGAUUCCACAAAGAUCACCUUGGCGCCAGCCAACGCUGACGUUAAAGUGGGUGAGAACACCUUGAUGCAGUGCGCCGCCUCCCACGACUCCUCCCUGGACAUCACCUUCAUCUGGUCGCUGGACGGCCGGGUCAUUGACCUGCACAAGGAGAGCCAGCACUAUGAACGCACACCGAACGGGAGCUCGAACGGCGAGCUGCUGAUUAGACACGCCCAGCUGAAGCACGCCGGACGAUACAGCUGCACUGCGCAGACCCCCGUCGACAACAUUACCGCCUCUGCCCACCUGGUUGUCAGGGGACCCCCGGGGGCCCCAGGUGGGUUGCGAGUGGUGAACCAAACCGACAAGAGUGUGACGCUGCAGUGGAGCCGAGGAGCAGACAACCAUAGCCCCAUCUCCAAAUACACCAUCCAGUACAGGGAUUUCAUCCAGAAAGACCUGUGGAAGAACGCCUCUACAUCUCCUGCAGAUGUAGAGGGAAACACAGAGACAGCUACCGUGGUGGAUUUGCUCCCCUGGACCGAGUAUGAGUUCAGGGUGAUUGCCACCAACACCCUGGGGACAGGAGACCCGAGCAGCCCGUCGCCCAAAGACACGACCCUGGAAGCAAUUCCUGUGGUGGCGCCCUCGGACAUCGGCGGGGGUGGAGGGACCAGCAGAGAGCUGACCAUCACGUGGACGCCGGUGCAGCCACAGUACUACUACGGUUCCAACUUUGGCUACAUCGUGGCCUUUAAACCUCAAGAUGACAACCAGUGGAGGAGGGUGAUAGUGUCCGACCCCCAGGCCAGCCGCUACGUCCACAAAGAGUCGUCCAUUGUCCCUUUGACCAAGUUCCAGGUCAAAGUCAAAGCGUUCAACAGCGAAGGAGAGGGACCCUACAGCCUCACAGCCAUCAUUUACUCCGCGCUGGAUGCUCCAUCCGAACCUCCUGUGAGUGUCAACGGCAAAGCUCUCUCUGCCGUCGAAGCCACGGUGUCGUGGCGGCCGCUCUUACAAGGCAAUAUAGAGGGAUACCAGGUGAAGUACUGGAGGAAGCUGGAAGACGGCGAGGGCGGGGCUCAGAGGGUGGUGGUGCCCAGAGAGGAGAACCACACCAAGUUGGAGGGGAUGAAGCCCAGCUCCGUUUACCUCAUCGAGGUCAGGAGCUACAACUCUGCAGGCUUCGGGCCGCCAAGCGAACACAUCCAGAUCCACACCAAGAAAGCCCCUCCCAGUCGACCGCCAAAAAUAUUAGGUAAAAAGUUUAAGGGACGGUUAGUAAAUAUUGCCUGGGAACACGUUGAACCGCUGGAUACCGAGUCAUCGAUAAAUGGCUACAAAGUGCUGUGCUGGAUUAAGGGUAACUCCACACAAAUCCUGUACACAACAAAUCGGCGGUACAUAGAUCUCCCCCUGCCUCCAGGUGGAACCUAUGUGGUGGAAGUCCGGGCGUCCACAGAUGGAGGAGACGGAGCUCUGGCACAAAUCGUCAUCACAAAUGGCGGUGUGAUGGCUGCCCAGUCCCUCGGCGUACUUUCCCUGCUCCUGGCGGCCCUCCUCUGCCUGAACCUCUGAAUGUAGCGCCAUUUUUGUCUUCACUCCUCGUGAAGAAGACUCUUUAAGCUAGACGCCUGUUAAGGACUUUGGGACUUUCCACACUCUCUCGGUUCCACCCUACAACCCGGGACUUUGUAUAUUCCAACUCUUCCCCUCUGGAAUUUGUUUGCAGGAAUAGACAGAAAUGGAAAAAAUUGGAAAUGGACAAAGACAUCCCUUAUUUAUCCACAAAAAACAACCUCUUUGGAGGAGCGUCAAAAGGAGAUCUGUCAACUUUUUAAAUAUGCCUUAUAUAAACGACUCCACUUAUCUUUCACAGUGAGCUGUUUUUAAAUGGAUCGUGGCUGAAUAUGUGAGCGUUACACUUUACACAGUUUGGCAGUUUAAUGUCUAUAACAUGUUCUAAUCUGUCCCACAGUGCAUUCCACAGGGAAAGUAAACAAGUAGCUGCGAAGGAUAAGUGAAUCAGUUUAUAAAACUGUCUUUGUCUCUCUUUACUUGCAGUUCAGUGGCAUUUUCUUAUGUUUUCUUUUCUAAAUGAAGCACAUACUCUGUUACAGAGAUACAGUCAAAGCAAAUCUCAUCCUUUUACAUUCUUGAUUUUUUAACAAGCAUCAUGGAGAAAAGCUAUUUAUGUCAUGCUGAAAUAAUAUAUCCAAUAAUUGAUAUUGUUUUGCUAUCUAAUAUACUAUGGAUGUUAUGCAGAGAAAUAGAUUGGUUUGACCUGGAAUCAGUGCUUAUCUACAAAUCACUCAAGCUCAAGACCAUAUUCACACGGCAGCCAUUUUCCUCUGAUGUCAUGCUCGGGGUGGGAAUGCUCAUAUGACGUUCAAACUGACUAAUGAAGUGUUGCUGUGAUCUGUGUUUGAAACCCAUGUAAACACAGAGAGAGGCAGCUGAAAAAACAACACAUAGUUCAAAUCGGGCUUAAAUCAUUGUCCCAGAAGUGCAUUGAUUACUCCGUCUUUACCAUUGUAUAACAGUGAUGUUAGCUAGGAAGGGAGGAAAAUGGCUGCUACGGGGUUAUGGUCUGUUCAACCACCUUAAAGAUGUGUGCAUGUUGACAUUGUUACAUGAGUCAAUUUGAAAGGGUUCAGAGGUGCUGGAGAGUGUCAGCACGUGGAAUCAAUAUUUGCAAAACUGAAUGUAAAGCAAACCACGGGACCAGGUGAACAUAUCAAACCUAUUGAAACUUGUUCUUAUUCUGACUGAUGAUUUACCACCUGUAGUUGUACGUGUACAUCUGUGCAGUGAUCAACAUCUCAACAUCUGGGUCAAUGUCGUAACCGAUGCUUAAAAAAACAAAACGCUAAAUUAAAAGUACUUUUGUUUUGACUGUAUCACGAGGACCUUGGUGGUACAAGCCAGUGCUUUGUAAAGAAUGUUGGCUUUUUUUCUUUGUACAUUUUCAUGUUGUCUCUCAUUUGUGGCUUUGUGUGAGAGUCACAGUAGCGACGCUCCUGCCCUCCUGUAAUUGAGCAAUGUCUGAUUCAUCCGUGGCUAACUUUAUAUAUUUUCCAAAGGGACAACUUGCCUAGCUCCUUUAACAGUAAAUCUAGUAUAUUUCAUUUUUUCAUUAUCUUGUUUUGACAGAAGGUAUAAGCGAAGGCAUCCAUGUCGGCGGAAAGAGCCAAAGGUCAUGACAUUGUUUUCACUCCAUUAUUUUUAAACUUUUUUUUUAACAAAGAAAUAUAUGAACAUUAUCAGCUGUUGUCAUUUUUUCGUUCAUAAUUAAUAUAUGUGUAUGUCUUCACUGUUUAAAUGUUGAUUUCCCCUAACAACAAAUGCUGCGUUUUGGAUUCCUACGAUUCACGUGUUGUGUGACAGAUGCUGGCCAUGCUUUUACAUUGUGACUAUAUCAACAUCCACCACAAAGUGCUUUUGCCGGUCAUUUCCUUCAUGCGACAAAUCGAAACAAAAAAAAGAGUUGCCAAAUGCAUGAAUGCCGACAACCUUGACUGACAUUUGGGUCGAGGCGGCGACUCUCUACGCUCUAACAUGCAUGACAUUGCAGAUGAAGUGUACAUUACUUUGCAACCAAUCGACACCAUAGCGACUUCUCAACCUCUGUGCUUCAUCUGAAAUACAUUCCAUUACUGAGUGACAUCCCUGUAUGUCAGAGACGGUAGAGAUCUGAGCCUAACCAGGCUUCUUUCAUCUCGUGUGACGUUUAAGGGUGAGACGUUAAAGAGAAACAUCGAACUAAAGGAAUCUCACUUGUAUAAAGCUCAGACAUGGUCUCUUGCACAAGAUGGUUGGAAUUUGUAUGGCAUCACUGGAGGCAGUGGCAGCGUGUUUGGCUGUCCAGUGCUCCGCUGGACGAGAACGGUACAUGUGAGGGCUGAAACUGGAACUUCUCAUUGGCUGGAUAAGGAACAAUAAAAGUGUAGUUAACUAUUAAA